AUGUUUGAUCUGAUUACGCGUGCCUUUUUUUUCAGAUUGUCCAAGAUUAAACUGGAUUACAAAGAUCGCAAGGAUCGCAAUGGAGACCGAGACCUCAAGGAUCGCAAACAUACGCUCCAAAGCAGUGUGAGCAAGGCUCCAAAACGACGAGCACCCUCGUUGGAGCUCGAGACAAUGGAGAGCAAACGCCACCAGAAAGUUCGCAGAAUCAACAGGAUCGCCGAAGACAAGCCGAACCUGAAAUGCUCUUUCUGCGACGGAGACCACUUCAGCAACCAGUGCCCAAAGCCAUCCUACAACCGAGGAUCGCAAAGCGAUUGUCAAAAAGGAUCGCUUAUGCGAGAAGUUUUUUUAUACAGCCAGAUUGCGGAAUAUCCGUCGAGGCGGCAGUCAACCAAAUCACCUUUCGGGCCAGUACUGCAACUCGCCGAUCGCGUUCGUUUCUACCACAUCCUCGACAACCAACUAUGGUCAGUGCUCGAAAACCCAUUCGGUUACAUAUUCAUAUUCCUCAUGUGCAUCCACGCCACGUGCUGUGUCCCAGUAAAAAUGGCAGAUGUGUUCAAACUCGGAUGCCGAAUCUUGACAGCAAUAAAUAAAAAAACCUUUAAUUAUAUUCACACUCUUUAUUCUCAUAAAUACUUUAUUCCAGUGAAAAUAGUAGAGUUAGAGGAAAAGAGUUUGCAAAAAAAGAAAGAAUUUUUAGACUCCUGCGCUAGAAUGCUUAUCUAUAACAGUUUUGUGUGCCUGCGGCGCCUUCCCAGACAUGUCUCUUUUGCGCCCAAGGCGUGCCAUAUCAUGGAUUCUUAA